GUCCUAAAGAAACCUUUGGGACCCCUCUCUAGUAAGCAAUCCUUAGUACAAGGAGCAAAUGGAAGUAGCUAUCGUUCCUGGACUACUUCCCGGACUAUGGACUUGGGGAAAGGAGAAAUCAAGCAUUCUUUCCUGGUCAUACCAAACUGCCCCUCACCUCUAAUGGGACGAGACUUGCUAACCAAACUCAGAGCCCAGAUAACCUUUGAAGAAACUGGUCCAGAAAUUGCUUUUCUUAAUCCCAGUGUUCAACCACUUACCACCUCCGUCCUGACCAUCAGGGCUGAGGAUGAAUAUAGACUGUUUACAGAUAACCCCUUGCCAGUUGAAAGCCAAGACACCGACUUUUGGUUAAGACUAGUUCCAGAAGCUUGGGCCGAAACUGCUGGACUGGGGUUGUCUACCUUACAGGCUCCAGUAGUGGUAGAGUUAAAAACUACUGCUGUCCCUGUGAGAGUUAGGCAGUACCCCAUGAGUCAGGAAGCGAAGAAAGGCAUAACUCCUCAUAUCCGGAAACUUCUCCAACAAGGGGUCUUAGUAAAAUGUCAGUCAGCCUGGAAUACUCCAUUACUCCCAGUUAAGAAGCCUGGAACUGGGGACUAUCGGCCAGUACAGGACCUAAGGGCAGUUAACAGUCAGGUGGAAGUCAUCCAUCCCACUGUGCCAAACCCAUACAAUCUCCUCAGCACCCUAAGUCCUGAAAGAGUAUGGUAUAGUGUAUUGGACUUAAAAGACGCUUUCUUUUGCCUGUCUCUACAUCCAGCCAGUCAACCCUUAUUUGCUUUUGAGUGGAGUGAUCCUGAGGCAGGAAUUUCAGGCCAACUAACCUGGACCAGAUUGCCUCAGGGAUUUAAGAACUCCCCUACCAUCUUUGAUGAGGCCUUGCACCAAGACUUAAGUCUCUUCCGCAGCCAGCACCCCCAGGUAACCCUGCUCCAGUAUGUGGACGAUAUUUUACUUGCAGGAAAAACUAAAGAAGAUUGCAAGCAGGCCACCCAUGACCUGCUGAAGGAACUUGCUCGGCUAGGGUAUAGAGCAUCAGCUAAGAAGGCGCAGCUGUGCCAGAGAGAGGUGACGUUUCUGGGAUACAUGCUACGAGGGGGAAAGCGAUGGCUGACGGAGGCCCGGAAGAAGGUCGUGGCACAGAUCCCUGCACCUACUACUCGCCGGCAGUUACAACUGGCGAUAGUUCACUGUCCAGGUCAUCAAACGGGAAAGGAAACCGUCGCGUCCGGAAACAGAAGAGCUGAUGAAGCAGCAAAGGCAGCAGCAUCCCGCAUGAAGGAGAUCCCUGCACUUAUUGUUACUGAACCUGACAACCUCCCACCAGUGUCAACAACUGUAGACUCCCUUUCUGAAGAACCAGAGCAUAGAUCUCUUAGGCGGCACCCGACGGUCUCGACGAGCUAUAAUGUUCCUGCCCCUACUGAUGUGGACACAGUAUAUAGUUCCAUUAAUGAUGUGCAGGACCAGCUUGACUCCGUGGCUGAAGUGGCCCCUCAAACCAGUCUGAUCUCUCGGCCCAAGCCCAGGUGUAAGCAGAGUCUGCAGACGUUCCCAGCACGUCCUCUUGCCUUUUGCCAAGAGGAAGAAAAGAAGGGAAAGGAAGAGAAAGAGGAGGAGAGCGGGAGAAGCAGGGAAGAUCGACUUUGGCCCUGCCGAUGA